ACUCUCAGUCAGAGUAACGUACUUGUUCAUGUGAGAUUGAUCGGUUCAGUUGGUUGUUGGGUGACUUGUUGACUGAAUGUGAAAUAUGCCUGAAGGGAUCGAUGGACCCCGUAUUGGGACCAAAAUUUCGUCUGCACUGAUAAUCACUAAAGAUCUCAACUGAGUAUCAUUGUGACCUAAUUCAUUGCUAAGAAGACGGUUGAGUGUUCACCUAACCCGUUUUCAUCUCUCUCUGGUUCUCAUCUCAUCUUAUUGCCAUGAAUACGUCCAUCGUUCAAAACAUAGAUCUGAUGGCUGAGGAGCAAUUGGAUUGCCCAGUUUUCUCCGAGGCCAGCGGGCAUGUCCUCGACCGAUUCUCGUUUUGGGUCGAGGGAGUGAUUCUGUGUGUGUUUGCAGUGGCUGGAAUCAUUGGCAAUUCGAUAUCAGCGAUCAUCCUUUCCGGAAAGAACAUGAGGAACAGCUUCAAUCUGCUCUUGAUUGCUUUGGCUAUCUACGACAACACGUACCUGUUCGGCAGUAUUCUGGAGAGCUUCCGCAAGAGAUUUGAUAUGCUAUCUGAUAUUCACAUCUUGCUUUUUCCCUACUUUCUUUAUCCGGUUCAAAUGAUAGCUAUGACGGGAUCGAUCCUAAUGACGGUGGCAAUCGCCUUGGAACGAUAUGUGGCUGUCCAUUACCCAAUCAACUACAACCUGGCCAUGAAUGAUUCCCGAGCCUUGAAAGCCCGUCUUUGUCGUUAUCUUUUACCCGUCAUCUGCCUAAGUGUGGCGAUGAAUGUAACUAAGUUCUUCGAGAUCGAAAUUCACUACGUGGACAUGCCAAACUCAGACACCAACACAACCAUUUCCAAGCCCGUGCUCAAUAUAACAGAAUUCCGAAUGAACCCUACCUAUUCGAUCUACUUCAAUUGGUUUCGUUUUGGGAGCUUGGGCGUGAUCCCGUUCGUGUUACUCGUGUUCUUCAACUUUCGGAUCUACAUGGACAUAAGACGAAGGCGUGCCCGCAAGAAGGCCAAUCGACCCACCUUAAGCCAAAUGAACCCCACCAUCCACGCCACUUCCCUGUCAACGCUCAACAGAUCCACGCCUCCCAGUCGAAUCUCAACCCCACCAAGAUCACGCCACCCUGGCCAAAUCCAGACCACCAAGUUCAUGUCUAAACCACCUCAAAAAAGCUUUUCUAACGGGCAUCUGGAAAUCAACCCUCAUGGGGCCGAGGUCGAUGAUGUGAGUGAGUUGAAUCAAAGUAUGGUCAUGUCACACAAUAGACGGUCCGGCAGCAUUCCACGAGACGACAUACAAGGGGAUCCGGACGAGAGUCAACCCAUGACAUCCCCGCACAAGGAUAUGCCCAAGAACGUGAGCUUUGUCAAAUUGACCAAGUCCAAUUGGAAAGGCAAGGUGGCCGUGGUCCAAAACACUAUCGUGGCCGCCAACGACGCUCGGCGACGGGUGGAGAGCAACUUGGCGGCUAUAAUGAUGGGUUACGUGGUGGUGUUUCUCAUCUGUCAUUCGCCCCGGUUAUUGUUGAAUAUUCACGAGCUGGCCAUAAUCAGGAAAGCCAUGGCUUGCGGGCGAAGUGGCCAAAAAACCUUUCCUUUGUGGAGUCUUGUUGUGAUGCAUCUGAGCCAUCUAUUACUAGUGAUCAAUUCCGCUAUCAAUAUUCUCAUCUAUUGCUACCUAAGCUCCAAGUUUCGCCAAGAAGGCAAACUUCUCUGGGAGAAAUGCUGUCGUUUUGGAAAGAGUUGCACCACGAGACCUUGGCCUGAAUGAAGUUAACCAAUCUGGAAGGACUCCGUCCAAGUCGAGGAUCCACUGAAAUGUGUUGCAAGCAUCAUGGUUACGGCAGUACCUGGGGGCCAAACCUUGCUUUGAUGAAAUAACACCACAAAACGGAACGGAACUAUUAUUUAACUAUUGCGUUUGCGCUCGUGACAACAAGCAUCACUCAAUUUCCAUGAAGCUGCUAUAUCUCUGUAGUGUUUGAAAACCAUUCAUGUCGAAUAAAUGAGACUAAAGAACAUGCAA